AUGUCAUCGAGAGCUCUCAUACAAGGGUCAUGGCGAGUCGCUUGCCGCAGUCCCCGUGCUGUGACCCCCAAACCCACAUGUGCUCCACGACGAUGGACCAGCUCAAUCUCACAAAGACCAGGAUCAGACCGGGUACUAUUCCCCGGAGCUGUCAACAGUAAAUUCACGACAGACAUGUCCUUCCUGAAGGCUUCCGACCUCCCCGCAAUUCCCACAUACCGAGUCAUUGACGCCGACGGCGAGAUGGUGGACAAAUCAAGAGCGGCCCCAGAUGUGUCGGAUGAGGAGGUUUUGACGUGGUACAAAAACAUGCUGUCGGUCAGCAUUAUGGACGUGGUGAUGUUUGAAGCACAGCGCCAGGGGCGACUGAGCUUUUACAUGAAGGUAUUGCGGUUGCUUCUGCUGCUGCUGACCCCCGAUGAUGUGGUCUUCGCUCAAUACCGCGAGGCGGGUGUUUUCCAGCAACGAGGGUACACCUUGAAGAACUUUAUGGGGCAGUUGUUUGCCAAUUGCAAUGAUACGGGCAAAGGCCGAAACAUGCCUGUUCACUACGGACAGAACUAUCCUCGCAUGCACACGAUCUCAUCCCCCUUGGCGACCCAGAUCCCUCACGCAGCGGGAGCCGCCUAUGCACUGAAACUACAGGAUCUUCAGGAUCCUAACCGGGACCGUCGAAUCGUGGCCUGCUACUUUGGCGAGGGCGCAGCCAGCGAGGGCGAUUUCCACGCGGCUCUCAAUAUUGCGGCUACCCGAUCAUGUCCCGUCGUGUUCGUAUGCCGUAACAACGGAUUCGCCAUCUCUACGCCAACCCUUGAGCAAUACCGCGGUGAUGGAAUCGCCAGCCGAGGCGUUGGAUACGGGAUCGAUACCAUUCGGGUCGACGGUAACGAUGUCUUUGCCGUCCACGAAGCGAUGAAAGAGGCCCGCCGGCUCGCAUUGACCGAUGGGGGACGACCCGUGUUGAUCGAGGCCAUGAGUUACCGUGUUUCCCACCACAGCACAAGUGAUGACAGUUUCGCAUACCGUGCUCGCGUGGAGGUUGAGGACUGGAAGCGCCGGGACAACCCCAUCAUCCGUUUGAGGAAGUGGUUGGAGAACAAGGGGUUAUGGAACGAGGAGUUGGAGAAGGAGACUCGUGACUCGAUGCGAAAGGCCGUUCUCAAAGAAUUCAGUGAGGCUGAACGGGAAAAGAAGCCGCCUCUUCGAGAAGCCUUUGAGGAUGUCUACGAAGAGGUGACUGAGGAAGCACGGGCGCAAAUGAAGGAGCUGAAGCGGAUUUUGGAAACAUAUCCCGACGAGUAUGAUCUGCGGCCCUACAAGGAUGGGGUGAAGGGACUAGACUAA